AUGAAAUUACAUAAAAGAGCAGUCUCCACUCCAUAUAAUUAUAGUCAGCAUAAUUAUCAAUACAAUAUGUCACCACCUCCAACACACUCCAACAGUAGUUUGGAACUACUCGAAGGCAUAAAGGCACAAAUCAACAAGCGAAACAGUUUGAAUUCAAGUCUGACAUCGAUACCCAAUCCACUGUUGUCUGGCAGCACCUCAAUGCAUCCUCUUUCACACUCUGCAGAAUUGCUAAAACCACAACAAUCGACAACACCCAACAGUCAUAGUCAUCUCAGCAAUAGCAGCACUGGCAAUAGUCCAUAUACAUCACCACCACCUUCACCACCAAAGACAGAACACCACAAGAGAAAAUCAAUACUUUUAUCACUACCUCAACUGGGCAGUGGUAGCAAUAGUAAUAAUAGUAAUAAUAGUAGCGACUCAAAAUCAAAAAGUAAAUCAUCAUUAUCAAUCUCAUCAUCAUCAUCAUCACACUCCUCCUCAUCAUCGAAUAAUAGCGCACCCACUCUCACAGUCAAAUCUGAUGACUUGAACAAUGCAAGAAAAAACCUUAGAAAGAGUGUAAUUGUUACAAAGAAAGCAUUAGUUGUCAAACCAUCCAAUGAAGAUGUUGGAAUUUCAAUGGAAGCACCAGAGAAACGUGGAAAUCUAUAUAUUUUGAAAUCAGACGUCGCAUAUGCACCGUUGGCAUCGAAUCCCGAACUUUGGAAUCAACGUUAUUGUUUGUUGCGCGAAGGUUGUUUAUAUAUUUAUACGAGUUAUACCGACGACAAGGAAAUCGAAAUACUCUCACUGGACAAGGGUAUCGUCAGAGAGAAAGAUGUAAAAGAUAGCUGCUUCCAAUUGAUUGCCAAACUGAAAAUACCAAAAGUUAAGAAACAACCAAUUCCACCACCAUUAUUAUCGAAAUCCAGUACACCAAAUACAAGUAUGGAUAGAUUGCCAAUUCCAAAUAUUACAACCAGUCCAUCUUCAUCACCCAAUACAACGACGACAACCACUGUAAUAACAUCCAAUUUAAAUUCAAUGUCAUUGAAUAGUUCGAAUGGAAUGAGUCGUCCAACUUCACCAAUAGGUAGUGCCGACGCUUCAAUUACAAUCAGUUCGACAGCAGUGGAAUCAUCGAAAGUUUCAGAAACUAAAGUGUCAUCGUCGAAAGAGAAUAGAAAAUCCACGAUCCAAUCGGCACAAUCACUAGCAAUGGAUGUCUAUCUACAAUAUGAAUUGGCAGGUAGAAAUGGCAGCAGCAACAACAACAACAAGCUGAAUAAGAACGACGAUGUUGAAGAUGAAGUUCAAGAGAAAUUGGAUAGGAAUCGUGAUUCAACAUCAUCAUUUAAUAAAUAUAUUGUUUAA